AUGCCGGGCGAGGUCAUUUCAGAGGCGAACCCACCGCCUAUGCCGAGCCACCUGCCAGCCUCUGUGCUGGAUCUGGCGCCGAAGGUGCCGCAGCAGCUACUAGACAGUAGAGUGCUCGAAGGGCUCAAGAGCUUUCAGAAUCUUGCAUUCUAUAUCGCUGGAGCGAUGAUCUUUCUAAGAGACAACGUCUUGCUUAAGCGUGACCUACGCUUUGAUGACAUUAAGCCCAGGCUUCUUGGACACUGGGGCACUUGCCCUGGCCUUAUUCUCAUCUGGUCCCACGUCAACCUUCUCAUCCAACGACACAACAUCAAUACGAUCCUCGUUGUAGGCCCUGGCCACGGAGCACCGGCUGUGCUCGCGUCUCUAUGGAUCGAGGGAUCGCUGCAGAAGUUUUACCCCGACAAGUACACCGUCGAUAGGAAAGGCCUGCAACAUCUGAUUACUAAGUUUUCUAUACCAGGAGGAUUCCCCAGUCAUGUCAAUGCAGAAACGCCUGGUGCCAUCCAUGAGGGCGGUGAGCUGGGAUAUGCUCUCGCUGUCUCAUUUGGCGCGGUGAUGGACCGUCCCGAACUGCUGGUUCCGUGCAUUGUUGGUGACGGUGAAGCUGAGACCGGGCCAACAGCCGCUGCCUGGCAUACUAUAAAGUACCUGGACCCCGCCGAGUCAGGCGCCGUCCUCCCUAUCUUACACGUUAAUGGCUUCAAGAUCAGCGAACGGACCAUUUACGGAUGCAUGGAUAACAAGGAGCUCAUUUCCCUCUUCUCUGGUUACGGAUACCAAGUGGCCAUUGUUGAGAGACUCGAGCGCAUUAAUGAAGAGCUGUUUAGUGCCAUGGAGUGGGCCGUGGGCGAGAUUCAUGAGAUCCAGACGCGAGCCCGCUCUGGAACGCCCAUCGCCAAGCCGCGGUGGCCGAUGAUUGUGCUCCGGACCCCCAAGGGCUGGUCCGGCCCGAAAAUGGUAAACGGCAAGUUGAUCGAGGGCUCAUUUCGCUCGCACCAGGUUCCAGUUCCGAAUGCCAAGGACGACAAAGAACAAUUGCAUAUUGUGCAAGAUUGGCUCGGCAGCUAUAAAGUCGACAGGCUGAUAGAACACGGCGGAAAACCUAUCGAAAGCGUGACGUCCAUUUUACCCAAGGACUUCUCAAAACGACUAGGACAGAACGAACUGGCCCAUCAUGCGUAUAUCCCGCUACAGCUGCCCAAUUGGCAAGAGUUUGGCAUAAACAACGAGCGCGCCAGCAGCAGCAUGGAGGCGACUGGCGAGUUCCUCAAGCAAGUUGCCAUCGAGAACCCGACGUCCUUUCGCAUAUUCUCACCCGACGAGCUCGAGAGCAACAAGCUCAACGCCAUCCUUGAUGCCAGCGGCCGCAACUUCCAGUGGGAUCAGGAUUCCCGCGGCCAGGGCGGCCGCGUGAUUGAGAUUCUCUCCGAGCACUGCUGCCAGGGCCUCAUGCAGGGCUACACGCUGACGGGUCGGACGGCGCUCUUCCCCAGCUACGAGUCGUUCCUCGGCAUCGUGCACACCAUGAUGGCACAGUAUGCUAAAUUCGGCAAGCUCGCGCGCGAAGUCCGCUGGCGCGGCGACCUCGCGUCCGUCAACUACAUCGAGACGAGCACCUGGGCGCGGCAGGAGCACAACGGCUUCUCGCAUCAGCAGCCGUCUUUCAUCGGCGCCGUUCUCAGCCUUAAAGCUAACGCCGCUCGCAUCUAUCUCCCGCCUGACGCUAACUGCUUCCUCUCCACCGUCGACCACUGUCUUCGAUCCACCAACAAGGUAAAUCUCAUGAUCGGCUCCAAGCAGCCCACCGCCGUCUACCUUACGCCGAACGAGGCCGCGGAACACUGCCGGCGCGGUGCAUCUGUGUGGAAAUUUGCGUCGACGAAAGGCGAGCCCGACGUCGUCCUCGUAGGUGUCGGCGUCGAGGUCACCUUUGAGGUGAUCAAGGCCGCCGAGCUGCUGCGCCAGAUGGCGCCGGAACUAAACGUGCGCGUCGUCAACGUGACGGACCUGCUCGUCCUCGCCCCAGAAUUGCGACACCCGCAUGCCCUGACGCGCGACGAGUUUGUAGAGCUCUUCACCCCUGACAAGCCCAUCUACUUCAACUACCACGGCUACGCGCAAGAGCUGCAGGGCCUGCUCUUUGGCCACUGCAACACGCGCCGCAUGACCGUGGGCGGUUACAAGGAGGAAGGCACGACGACGACGCCGUUUGACAUGAUGCUCGUCAACGAGCUGAGCCGCUUCCACAUUGCAGAGUGGGCGCUGACGCGCGCAGGAGAGUCGGCGGCCAUGUCUAGCGCGCGAGGUCAGAUAAAGGAGCUGAUCAAGCAAGUUUUGUCACAAAGAGAUGCUGUGAAACGAUACAUCAUGGAAAACGGAACAGAUCCAGACGAUACAUACCAGAGAGAGCGGUUCAACUGA